AUGUACCCAGGCCAUGAUUUUAUAGGGAAAAGAUGGAAUGUCAGCAUGACUCAUCUGCUGGAAGUCCGUCAAAGACGAAGUCCUGAAUCUCCUCUCUUCACUGCUCGUUUGGAUUAUGCGUUUUGCUUAGAGCUAUGGUUCUCUCGGGAAGACACUGAGCACAUGAUGGUGUAUUCCUUAUGCGGGCAUGUGAUUUUCACGACCAUCCUCUUCUUGGAGGAGUCUAUGCACCUCGAAGUCCUUCGAUCCCGAUUCAACCUUUCUGCUUCGAUGGGUUCUGCCAACUAUGAAGUACGGGAGACGACAUCACCGUCAACGGUCACCAUUGAUUACACAUCGGAGAAAGAGAAAGCGAUGGAGAUGUUCCGGUCUUAUCUGGAUGCCAACGACUGGGAGACCGUGACGCACUUCCGUGACGAUGGCGUCACCAUCGUAGGUGAACGCAAACAACUCGAAUUCCUUUGUGCAUUCUACUCGAAUUGUCAUUGCAUGGACCAUUUCGUGACUCCAUGGAUCCGUCGACUCACCCAGAUGGAGUUGGAUUUUCCCGCGGAAUCUGCCUUUCGACGUAUCUGGAACAAUCCAAUGGCCAUUCCCGAUUUUUACGCCGCGAUCACCGAGUACAAAGUCCUCCGAGAAUUGAAGAACGGAUGCAAAAUCAUCUACGAGGUUACUGCUGCCCAAUAUUUCGGAUUAAUCUCUGCGAGGGAUUUCGUUCUGCUAUCGUGUUACGAAAGAGUUGAGAACGCCCACUACAUGACCUUCUCUUCCAUACCUUGGCCAGGCGCCCCACCAGACCCGCGUUUUGUCAGGGGACACAUGCACCCAGGAGGUGGAAUAUUAUUCAAACCGGACCUUUUGAAUCCAAGGAAGACUCUUGUGCGAUACAUUUACGCGACCGAUCUCCACAUUCCAAUCGUACCUCUGAGCAUCCUGAAGAAGUUCGUUCCCAUCGCUCAACGGGACUUCGUCGUCGGUAUGAGGAAAUACUUGCUCUCUUCUGGCCUGAAGAAGGAUCUCCACGAUAAUGAUAUGGCAUAAAUCCAUGUGAAAACUGA